AUGGGACCGAAGAAGCCGCUGGUAGGCUCGCCUGUGAAGAAGAAGUCCAAGGAUCACUCCAAGAGCGUUGCGGUACCCAAUGGAGAUGGUCAUGACAAGGAUCAACGAGCCGGAGGAGGUGGUGGGGGUGCAGGAGGUGCUGGAAGUGGAGCAGGGGACGGGUCUCUUUCAGGUGCUGGACAGGACAACGACGAGAUGGAUGGAUAUCACGAGCCAGUAAAGAAAGUCGUGAUCCCCGAUAACCAACUGAAGCUGUCACCGCAAGAGCUGAAUGAGGAAUUCUCCCGGGUGCUAACAGCUAACGAUCCGAACGUGCCCAACAAUAUCACCAAAUACAAUUACAAGGAGCGGACAUACAAGGUGGACCCACCCGGACCAGGAGACCACCUUUACGUGCACUUAUGCUGUGACGGUAGUAUGAUUCACAAGGAGUCGGAGGACGCCAAAACCCAAGCUGCUUUUGACCAAAAAUACGCCGAGGAAGAGAAGGAAGCACGUGAGCUGAGUAUCAGACAGGCGAAAGAGGAAGCAGAGGCGAAAGGAGAGAAGAUUGACGAGGCUGCCUUGCAAUUCGAGUCAGGAAAGAAUCAGUUCAACUAUAGUGAGCGCGCGGCGCAGACAUACACCAAUCCUUUGCGAAAACGCGCAGUUGAGACUGAGCCCCCGCCAGUUGUGAGCUUUAUGGCGACAGUAACACAAUGGGAGAUUUACGACACGUUCAUGGAUGCCUACGAACAGCACCAGCGUGAACAGAUCCAGCUGCAAAAGGUGGCACAAAAGAGGGAUAAAGACGAAAAAGACGGUGCAGGUGCUGCUGCAGGCGGCGCUGAGUUAUUGACAGCAGCACCGACGGCAGCAGCGGGAGGUGGUGGUGGAAGUGGUGGAGGCAAAGGAAAAGGCGAUGAUAUGGUACACUCAGCAGCGAUGGGGAAGACACUUCGCAUCAUCGAACGCAUGGUGAACCAGAAUGCUGACGAUGAAAUCUUCCACGACUUCAAGUAUUGGGAGGACGCAAGCGACCAGUUCCGCGAAGGAGAAGGCUCACUGCUGCCGUUAUGGCGUUUCUCAAGUGAUCGAGCCAAGAAAAAACAAGUGACUGCCGUUUGCUGGAAUCCUCGCUUCGGUGACCUUUUUGCUAUUGGGUUCGGCUCGUACGAUUUCCUCAAGCAGGGCAGUGGUGUAAUAUGCUGCUACUCACUCAAGAACGCUUCGCAUCCCGAGUUCACAUUUACCACAGAGUCCGGCGUUAUGUGCCUGGAUUUUCACCCUCAACACGCUGCGUUACUUGCUGUGGGGUGCUAUGAUGGUACCGUACUCGUGUAUGACGUGCGCAGCAAGACAAACCGCCCUAUUUAUGUGGCUACGAUCAAGACGGGUAAACAUACAGAUCCAGUUUGGCAAGUGAAUUGGCAGGAAGAAGACCUCGCGAAGGAGCUGAACUUCUACUCGAUCUCAUCGGACGGUCGGGUAGCUAAUUGGAUAUUGAGCAAAAAUGAGCUCAAGAUGGAGCCCGUUAUGCAGCUCAAGCUGGUUGCAGCGGCCAAGGAUGACCCAGAAGAGGCGUCAUUGUCUGGACUUGCUGGUGGGUGUUGCUUCGACUUCAAUCGCUUCAGUGAACACCUCUUUAUCGUCGGUACAGAGGAAGGCAAGCUUCACAAGUGCUCGAAAGCGUAUUCUGGACAGUAUCUCGAGACGUAUGCAGGUCACCACAUGGCUGUGUAUGCGGUGCGCUGGAAUCCCUUCCAUGAGCGAGCGUUCCUGUCUUGUAGCGCCGACUGGACCGUGAAGCUUUGGGAUCAUAAUUUACCUGAUCCUAUCAUGUCUUUUGACUUGGGAAAUGCUGUUGGUGACGUGGCGUGGGCUCCGUACUCUUCAACUGUGUUCGCUGCAGUAACCAGCGACGGAAAAGUGCAUGUAUUCGACCUGGCGGAGAACAAGAAUGAGCCUUUGUGUGAGCAGAAAGUUGUAAAGCGUGCCAAGCUCACUCAUUUGGCCUUCAACUCUCAAGAUCCCAUUGUGCUAGUAGGAGACGACCGCGGCGGUGUGAACUCAUUGAAGUUGUCGCCCAAUUUGCGCAAAAUUGUUGGCUCCGGAGAAGAGGACGGCGGACCUGCAACUAAUGGGACCCCCGCAGGUGGAGAUGCAAGCAUUAGUACGAUCGCCGAGUUGAGAAACGUCAAGGCACGGUUCAAGAAGGAGUUUGAGAAGAUUGACAAGCUGCUAAGUGCAAACGAUAACAAGGUAGACCGGUAA